UCCAGUGUGACUCCAUUGUGUGGGGCGAGUGUGGACAGCGAGAGGAGCAGCUGUGGGCUGAGGAAGGGAGACAGCAAUCCCAAUCCAGUCCUGGACCAGGAGCUGUCCUGUCAUCAGGACUGAGAGGAGACUGGCUGGAUGAAGAAGCAAAGAGGCCUGGGAAAACAGAAGUGGGCCGUGGAGACUGGACCCUCUGUGAGGAGGCUUAAAAUUGUCCCCCCUCAGGGCCCUGGCAUUGCUGUGGGUGACGUCUGUGCUGCAGACAUGACCCCGAGGGAUGGGAGGCCAUGGCUGCCUGUAGCUCUGCUCUUUCUGCAGGGCCCAGGCUGUUGGUGUCUGAGUGGCCCCACGUCCGUGACGGGCACCGUGGGGGGAUCCCUGAGCGUGCAGUGUCAGUACGAGGAGAAAUUCAGAGAGAUUGCCAAAUACUGGUGCAAGAGCCCAUGUGUGUGGAGUACUGUAAAGACCAAGGAGGCAGACAGAGAAGUGAGGAACGGCCGUGUGUCCAUCAGGGACCAUCCCGCCAACCUCACCUUCACAGUGACCUUGGAGAGCCUCACAGAGGAUGAUGCAGGAACAUACCGGUGUGGGAUCGAUACAUCAUCAGGACUGCCAGGAUUUGUGUUCGACCACACCUUCCGUGUUGUGGUGUCUGUGACCCCAGGCCCCAGCUCCGUGAGGCCCACCAGCAUCCCAGGUCUUCACAGGACCCAGCCAGCCCCCACGUGGGGCACCGCGACUCUGCAGGAGACCCCCAAUCCCAGACAAUAUCUUGGGCCCUCGCUAGAGAGUCAUCCUGCUGACGACCAGGCCCCUAAGGGAGCAGAGAGGUCCCUGCUCGGCAGCGUCCACUUCCUGCUCCUCAUUCUCCUGAAGGUGCCCCUGUUUCUGAUUAUGCUCAGUGCCGUCCUCUGGGUCAACAGGCCUCAGUGGGCAGUUUGUGGGACACAGAGUCGGCCUGAUGAAGACAACCUGCGGCCCUCCUUGAGCAUCGAUAUCCUGUCCAGAGACACCGCCACUCAGACUAGAGGAGGAAGAACUGCUGGCCCCAAACCUACCUCUUCCCACCUAUUGCCAAAAACUGGUAAAAAUAAAUAAAUAAAUACUUGAAUAAAGCAAUGAAAUACAUCACA